UCGUGUGUCUACGUAAUCCAUCGACAAGUGUGGUAAACAUAACCUCAAAAAAAAUCUCAGCUUGUGCUACUAUGGGCUAAGUUCUUAAAAUACCCAAUGAUGCGACUAGGUAUUUAUAUUUAAAAAAUAUUGCUCCCUGAAGAACUAUGACUGAACUAAGGGAAUCUCGCUUUAAAAGUUACAUAGACGAGGAGGAGUUUGCGUCAAUUACUCUCACUGAUGACCAGAGGACAAAACUCCUUGAUGGUGAGACCGUAGUCUGUGAAGCGCCAAAGGUUCUGUUAUUUUUACCUUUAAGUGACCGGAAAAAAGCUACUAAAGGCAUUUUAACAGUUACUACUUUUAAAUUAUCUUUUGCUAGUGCUGAUGAUAGGGAAGGUGAUAAUUGCUACCAACAAAACUUUUUACUAGGCCCCAAUGAUACAUGCUUGUCUUCCAUUGAUACUAUUUAUCAGAUUGGGGAUAAAAGUAGGAAAAAGUUAAUUCCUGGCCAAAAUGUUUCAGGCAAAAUUAAGGAACUACUUGUUGUUUGUAAAAAUAUGAGAUCCUUGGAGUUCAGUUUCAAACACGCUGACAAAGAUAGUGGCAAAAACGUGACAAAUGCGCUGUUACAUCAUGCUUAUCCAAAAAGGCACAGCUUACUGUUUGCUUAUGACUAUAAGGAACCUUGUUGUACAUCCUUGUUAAAAGAAGUGUGUCUUUUUCGGAAACGCGACAACUGGAAAAGAGAGUUAGAAAGGACUAGAUGCAAAAAUUGGAAAGCAUCAGUUGUCAAUGAGAAUUUUCAAACAUCACCAGCAAUGAUGUCUACUCUAAUUGUACCUCAAUCUCUUACAGACAGUGCGUUAACGUUAGCCGUCGAGCAUUUUCGAAACAGGUGUUGUCCUGUAUGGGUUUGGGGAACUCCUCAAGGCGCCGCGCUAGUCAGAAUGGCUGAUCUGUUGCCAACAAUCCAAGACCGUACCCAAGAAAACAUAUUGUUAGAACAUAUUCGCAAAAGCCAUCCAGAAAAAAAGCAGCCAUAUAUUAUAGAUCUCACAAAGGAAUGUCCAUCACCGAAAGAAAUCCAAUUGAGCUUCCUAAAAUUGAGAGACCUCUGCGUACCUGAAAACACACGAACUUUUAAAAGUCAAGAUUUCAAAUUUUAUGGUUUACUCGACUCCACCAAAUGGAUGAGUCACGUGUCGACUUGUUUAUCCAAAGCACUUGAAGCUGUCAACCAAAUAUAUGACGAAACUUCGACUGUUGUUUUGCAAGAAGGUAACGGUCAAGACCUGAAUUGUGCGAUUUCCAGUCUAACACAGUUAAUGCUAGAUCCAUACUUUCGAACAAAAUUUGGUUUUCAGUCACUGAUCCAAAAAGACUGGGUAGCAAUUGGACAUCCAUUUGUAAACCGGUUGGGUCAUAUUUUAAGCAAAGAUAUCGAACAGUCGCCUAUAUUUCUUCUGUUUCUUGAUUGCGUCUGGCAGUUGAUACAACAGUAUCCAACAGCUUUCCAGUUUAGUGAGACUUACGUGACUACUAUUUGGGACUCUGCUCACAUUUCCCUUUUUGAAACCUUUUUAUUUAAUUGCGAACAUGACCGCAUCAUAGCUGAAUGCGGUGGCGUUGGUCAUAGCCCUCUUAUUUUACGAAGUGUGUGGGACUGGAGCGAACAGUUUGCUGAGAAAGAUAUUGCUUUGUUUUGCAACCCCCUGUACGAUGACAGCUUUAAAGGACCGCUGCGACCUCAGAGUGCAGUUUCCCAUUUGGAUGUGUGGACUCAGUGUUACUUUCGAUGGUUACCAGAUUUAGAAAUACGGAACGGAGGAAAACCACAGAUCGAUUUAUGUAAUAGGUUUAUAGUGUCUGAAAUUUUUGAGUUGCGUGAGAGAAUUCAGUCAGGGGAAGUGAACGGAAAAUUGAGUAGGAGUAAGGAAGAGAAUUUGGAAUUGUUGAGGAAGGUGAAUAGUUUUUUUCCGUUUAGUCGAAAUAAUGGACAGAUUGCUGGGAUGUUGCCCAUUAACAAUGUAUUACUUACUGGAGAUUUGCUGGACACGCAGUCCAUACUUAAUUUAAAUAACGAUUAAAUUGUGCCUGCAUUUAUGAGAUUUCAUACAGAACUUCCAAGUUUUUUAAAAGAAGAUGAGGUUUUUAAUUUCAGCUAACGUGUUUUACCCGUGGUGAUAAUUUGUGAGAAUAAUUUUAAGUUAAGGGACAUAAUAAAAGUAACACCAGUAAUAGCUUUAAAUUUUUAACAUGUACGUAUCUAAGCUAAUGUCCAGUGGAGAAACCAAAUAAUUUGUUUUAUUGUAUUUAUGUUCAGUAUUUGUUUUCAUUAUACUUCCAGUUUAUCGCAAUGUACAACUUUAAUUAAUUUAAUUUUUUAACGAAAUGAGCCUAUUUUUGUUUAAUUUAUGUGAAAUAAACUAUGAGUAGCCAUUGCAAA